AUGUCAACAGCUACUCCUAACCGCGGGUUUAGGAGACGUCUUGAUACUAUAACAGAACCAAGAAAAGGCCCGUCAGUCUUUGCAGCAGAAACACAAUUUCCAGAAUCUCGAUCUAGAACUGGACGAAAAAUUGAUUUACCCACACCUGAAAAACUCACAUUAGAAAUACCCACACGCAGUCGUCGAAGAACAACAACACCUAAAAUCGAUAAACAAUCCUCAGUACCUACAUUUCCAUCAAGAAAUCGCUUUAGAUCUAGGGAAAUGCCUAUAAUAGACGAACAAAAACUAGAAGUACUACCUCUGUUUGAAGUAGAACCCAAAUUGGUUAACACACGUAUAAUGAAUAGGGCUGACGUUGUUUUUAAACCUAAAAAAAGUAGUUUAAAUAAAGAUAAAGAUGAGUCAAUGAUAAGAAAAACAAACGAGAUUGACGCGAGAUCUCGACGAAGGGGAGGUUUAGAAAUCAUUCAAGCAAGUUCUACUGAAAUAAAACCAACAGAAAUUCCAGCAAGGUCUAGAGUAGCAGUAAGUGUCAGUGUAGAAACCAGAACAGAAUCUUCGGUAAGGCGUUCUUUACCUAACAGGAGGUCUGAAGUUAAAGAAUCAGUUGUAUCAGAAAUAAAUGAAGUGACUUCUCGUAAAAAAGUAUCACGAAAGAAAGCCAAUUCCAACAAUUCAAACGAAAUCAAAUUAAAACCUCUUCCGGUAUACAGAGGAAGCAAAAAAUCCGAAGUAGUAGUUAAAAAAGCAAGUUCCGAAGAAGUUGACGAGGCUGAUAAUUAUCCUGAAGCUUUCAAGGCUUUAAUUAAAUCAAAAAAGGAGUCAAGACCAGUGCCUUCUUCAUUACCACUUCUUAGAGCCAGCAAUGUCGUGACUUUAGUACCAUCAUUUAGUACCACGUUUCAUCCGUCGCCUGCUAAAGAGGUAACUGAUAGUGACAACGAAAUAAAACCUAAAGCUUUGCCCUCAUCAUCCUCUUCACGAUGGAACCGAAGUAGAUCUACACCGACCUCUAAUGUUAAUAAACUAUCCGAGCCCUUACCACCAAAACGAUUUUCAUCCAGAACCACACCUUACACUACUUCAGAACCUAUUUCCGAAAAACGAUUUCCUUCACGAAAAACACCAUCUAUAACUACUUCCACUACUCCCAUUUCCAGAGGGACGAAGUUUAGAACAUUAACACCUAGAACGUUCAGUGCUCCUCCAAAACUAGAGAAAUCAGUUUCCUUUAAACCUAGAGGUUCUGUUGCUGAAAAGAAUAUAGAGAUUAAGCCCUAUAACAGGAAUAGGAAUAUCAAAAGAGCUGAAGAUCCUGCUUUGUCUACUAAGGUACCAAAAUAUACCACCGCUUCUAAAAAGCUUGACCGCGGUAAAUAUAGAAGUGAAUACUCAAGCAGGGGUUCUACUACCUCAGCGCCCAAGUAUAUUCCAACGAUUCCUUCGGUGCCAUAUAUACCGACACUGCCUGCUAUCACUCCUGUCAGGGCUAUGGUUGAUACAUCUAACCAAAAGGACCACGACGAUGGAAUCCACAUAAUAUCUAUCGAUGAACCUGUUAAUGCACUUCAGUCAGCAAAUCUUGUCAAGGGGGAUUUUGUAUCCUCAACUGCUAACUCUGUUCUUUUACCAUUGGUUAAUGAUGGCACCACUGAAAAGACAGUCUCCAUUAUUGAACGAAUAAUAAAUUCAAUCAGCGCAAGAUCUACCACUCCGCCAUCUUCGGGUACCCUUUUUAGUAGUACAGCAUCGACUUCAGAAUCCCCAUCAGCGAUAUUAAAAUUAUCGCCAAAAAAAUCUAGACAGACUGAUUUAACUGAUUCGUCAAAAACUACAGAAUCUAAUGAUACCGUUGCAUUUACAACGGAAAAUCCCACGACAAUAAUAGAGAAGAUAUUAAGUUCCCUUAAUGCUAUUCAAGCUACAGAUAUAACGAGUGAUGGGCAAGUAGGUACCGAUUUCAAUACUUUGAGCUCUUUCACUACCACGCCUGUAUCUAGUGUGACUAAGUCUUCCACUAGCAGACCACUUCUUGCACCUAGUAGCACAACAAUCUUUCCACUUAGUAUUUUAGAUCAACUUUCUGAGGAAAAUAAGCAGCAAGAAACUAUACGUAAAUUGUUGGAUCUGUUAAAUGGUUUGGUAUCACCGCAACAACAAGAGGUUGUUGUUACUCCAAAAUAUGUAAAUAAUAGAACUCCUGGUAGAGGACCUUUUGUUUCUACUACUUUCUUUCCUCUAUCAACUGCAUCUCCUGAGUUUACUACUGUAGUAACUGCACCCACAGCUACCUCUACUUCCGCUAACACUGAAGAGAUAUCUUCUAAUUCUAUUUUAUCUGAUAAUACUUCUUCUCAAAUUGUUUCUGUAAUACCUAAUACAACUGAAACUACAGUUACCACCUCCACUUCUACAGAAGUAAUUUCCACAGUUGACUCUCAAUCAACUACAUCUUUAGAAGAGUUAUUGUCUACAGAAAAUGCAACUUCAAAUACGGAGGUUGUUAAUAAUUCUGUAAAUACAAUAUUAGAAAAUAUUGCUGCUAAUACCGAUUCUCCUUCUACUAUUGGAACUACUAUAGAAAACUUAACUCCGUCAAUUCCUACUGGUACUGAAUUUGGUACCAUCCCUACAGACGCUAGUAGUUUCUUUACUAUAUUCACCACGCCAUCUUUCCAAAAAUUUGAAGUGAGUCCUGGAAGUGUUUCUGUUUUUUCUGCUAACGACAUUUCCCUUAACACUGUAACAGUAGAAGAUAUUAUUUCCACUACUGUAGUAAAUAUAGCAGGUAGAUCCAAUUUUGAUAACGCAGCUACUACUCAAAGUGCCACUACUAAAGAAGCUCCUCAAGAAGAUAAGUUAGAGAUCACAACUGUGGAAAUAACUACUGAACCUUCUCGUCAAACCAGCAGCGUUCCUACGUCUAGUAGUACUGAAACUGUAAAUACUAGUAAUCCAACGAUAAGUGUUAUGGAAACUAUGAUGUCUGAUGGUUCUGUGUCAAGUAGCACUGAAACAUUAAAUAAUAGUAGUCCUAUGUCAAGUAGUACUGAAUCUCUGAGUAGUAGUGAUUCUAUGUCAAAUAGUACUGAAUCUUUAAACAGUAGUGGGUCUAUAUCAAGUAGUACUGAAACUGUAAAUAACACUCAAACUAAUAGUAUCAGAUCCAAUAAAAAACUUAAUUUCAUUCAAGAACCUGUACAAAAUAGAAUCGAUACAUCAACUCCUGAUUACUUCAUCUUUGCUGUACUUAACAAUAACACUAUUUUACGUAAGAGGCCAAAGGUAGAACCUAAUGCUCCAUUUUAUGUUAUUGGUGUGUAUCCUAACAACACUGUCGUAAAAAAAUUCCCAAACGGAACUGAGGUUCCCAUGGAUAUGAUAAUAAGGGUAAGGGGAUUCGAUACACGUGAAAACCCUCCACCUUUGCCAGAAAUAACCAGUAACCAAGUAACAAGCGACCUUGGAAGUUCCCCGGAAAAUAUAAAUAUAAAUACGGAUGAUCAGAAUACUAUACCCUCUGUAGAUGUGAAAUCAAAUACAGUAGCUGCCAGCACAACUCAAGCCACUACCUCCUCCACAAAAGCACAAAAUACCAUUUCCCAAUCUCCUAUUACCACUACAGAAGUAAAAAGUAGAACUACUUUGUCAGAUACUAGCACAAAUACACCUGCAACUUCUACCACUACCCAAGCACCAAGUAGCACACAAACUACUAUUAUGUCUAAAGCAGAACCUACAACUAUUCCUUCGACUAUAUCUUCAGAAACCUCAAGCACCACGUCUCUUCCUUCCAGUAAAGAACAAAGUAGUACUACUUCAACUUCUACUCUACUUUCUACUACUGUCUUGAAUUCUAACACAGUUACUUUACCCCAAGAUAGUAGUACUGUCAGCACAUUGGAUAUUGAGAGCACAAAAUUAACUGCCACUGAAAGUAGUACCAAUACCCUAAGCACAAGUGAUGCUAGCACGGCUGAACCUGAUCUGGUGGUAGUAGAAUCUAGUACUGUUAUUAGUACUACUAUGGGAAGUAAUAGUGUUCCCCCGACGUUCCCAACGCUAUCUGAAUUCUUUAACGACAAAACUUUAGAGGCUUUCAAUGAGAUUGUUAGUAAUAGCGAACAAAUAAACAUGAAUAUCUCUAACCAGACUGACAAUGGUCGGGUGAGCAAGGUUGACACAACUACACAGUUUUCUAAUAAAAUUGUAAGCACCGAGUCUUCUUCUACCAUACAAACUACAAUGCCGACAGAACAAGCCAUUAGCACCACCACAACCACUAUCACAUCAACUACAAGUACACCUGAGGUUACUCAAUUAAAGUUAGAAGAAACUUCUACCGAGGACAAUGCAAUUCUAUCAAAUAAAAUCUUGGAUGAUACAACAUUCCCUGAAAAACCGAUACCAUUUUCGGCAAUUCAAAAAAUAGGCACACCAAGAAAGAUAACACCUACAACCAUUACUCCUAUAUUUAUAAGUACGACUCCGUCAGUAUUUCCAACAUUUUUAACAACUUUGUUCCCAAGUUUGUUUACUAAUGAAGCAACUAGAAAACCUAAAGUAACAACAAUUUCACCAGGUGUAAUUAGAAUCUCAGCUGCUCCUUCGGUAACUCAAACGACUUUCACCACUGAAAGACCUGUUACAACGACACAACCAAUUACCACAACUAAACCUACCACAACAACUACAACUACUACCACAACAACCACUGCACCAACUACCACCACUAGACCACCAACGACAACGAAAAUAGUAACAUCAACUCCAAGUAUAACCACCACUACCCCAAUAACUACAACUACUACUCCAACAACAACACCAAAACCAAUUACAACUACUACUAUUCCUACAACAACACCAACACCAACAACAACUACGAGGAUGACCACUACACCACCCACACGAUUUACUCUUGGUGAAACAGUUACGGCUUCUACAACAGGAAGAACUGAGGCUUUUACUGAUUUUAAUACUAUAGAAGUUACCACAACCGCAAUCAAACUUAAAACAUUGUCAUCUGAACAGAAGAAUAAUCUUAGAGAGAUAGCGCAACUAGAGAAGGAACAAGCAACUUUGUUGCAGCAGUUAUCAUUUUUAACGAAUCUGGGUUUGGGUCAAAAUAGAGGACCAAAAUCAAUAGUUAAUGACAAACACAAAAAUGCAAACACCAAUCCUGCUACGAGUUUAGCAGAAAGGAUUCUUGCUUUAGCCGUUCAAAGAGACAAAAAUUCAAAAUCUACCUCAACAGUUGCUACAACUGUUACAACCAGUUCUACCACUAAGCGUCCUACCUCAAUACAGGACCAAAUAGCAGCCUUAGAAACUACUAAAAUACCUACAAAAGCAACACCUGCUUUGGAAGAUGUUUUAAAGCAGUAUAAUUUGAACGGUCUAAACGUUGCUGUCACAUCACCAACGUCAACUGUUUAUGGAAAGUCUGAAGAUGCGAUAUUGGCAUCAAUUUUAAAAGAACAAGGAAUUGUACCCUCGACGCCAGCAGUGUUAGCAGGCGUUUUUGACGAAACUACUACUAGACCUCGACGACCCAAAACCACUACUCCACAACCUGGUCCUAUAAUGCGAGGUUUAAAUUGGUUACUUAAUACUCUUGCACCGACACCGGCUCCUGCAACAAAAAGACCUAUACCCAAACCGGUGAAACCAAAUAAACCGCCUGUAGAAGAAGAACUUUUGGUUAAUUCUCCAACUCACAUGACUCCCAUCGCCACAGCUGCUCCUUCCAAAAUUGCCAACGCGCUCAGUCAAGAGGAUAUCAAGAAACUUAUCAAUCAACUAGAAGAUAUACAAAAGAACCCAUCUAAAGGAACGUUGGAUUUGUCUCAAAUCAAAAGCAUCCAAAACCUAAUCAACUUAGACGGAGGUGUCGUUGUAAGUACCAACGGUGAACACGGUACCACCUCAAGAAUAACAACUACACAAUCUACAACUCCUACUGUCCAAACUACACAAAGACAACCUAAGAAAUUAGUGACUUUACCCACUGAAGAUCCAUUGUCAGCUAUAAGUAACAGUGAAGAUGGUUUCGACUCUAUAGAAAGUACUACUAGGACAUUACGAGCACCAGUAGGUUUUAAUCCCGUACCAGGAGUAGAUGAUGGUAGUCCUAAUCCCUUGGUACAGAGCAAUUUGAUAACUGCGGCUGUUAAUGUUACCAAAGCCAUUUCUAGCUUUUUAGGAACAGCUUUACAGGGAGCAGCAGCGUCGUUCCAAACCCUCUUCGGCGUAUCAUCAGUGGGAACGAGAGUUCUGGGUAGCGCAUCAGGAGGAUCUUCAGCAGGUUGA